AUGGAUAGUGAUUUAGCAUUCUGUCUUGGCCGAUUUAUCGAUGAUCAAGUUCAACUAAUUGAUGAUCAAAUUAAAGAAAUUAAAAAAGAAGAAAUUGAAAAAUGCAAUAAAAUUGAAGAAGAACGAGCUGCCGAUAUCAAAAAUCGACCUCCACCAAAAGAUAAAGGUUCACAUGAUAAAGAUAAAGCUCUUGUUGAUAAAUUCGUUAGUGAUCUACGGCAAUGUAGUGCAGAACCAACUAAAACAAGAACAGUUAUUGAUGAUCAAACUUGUAUAGAUUCAUUACGUGCAGAACUCUGGACAAAACUAACUGCAUCCACAACUUAUAUCAAUCGAUUAUAUAGUUUAGCCAGACCAUUACCAAAUACAGCCAAAUUCACAGAAACAUGCCGUGAAACAGUUGAAUCUUUUAAACGGCCAAGUGAUUUUGAUGCCAGUUUUAAAGCAUUAUAUAGUAUCAUAGAAGAAGAUGAAAAAGAUCAGGUUAUUAAUAGUAUUCAAAAAUGGUGGAAACGUACAUAUGGAGAUAUUAUAUCUGGGAUUAAUCAACGGAAUGAAAGAUUUAAUAAAGCUGUUACUGAACCUAAUUUUGCUGUUCUAGGACCGAACAGUGGAGUAAUUCGAAAUGCAAAAAAACUUAUUGAAGCUAGACAGGAAAUUAUUGUGGAACCUGGAUAUUUUGAAGUAGUUCGUGAAUUCGUUCGACAACUUUUAUUACUCGACCAAGAAAAACGAGAACAUACUGAUGCUAAUGAACUUAUUGAUGAAUUACAUAGAAGAGCGAUCGAAGAAAUUAUUGAUUAUGCAGAAAGAUGGCUGUCCGAACGUGAUGAGAUUCGUAAUCAAAAAGAAGAAGAUCCAUUUCAAGUUCAACUUGACGAAGUUAAAGCAGAUUAUGGUCGACAACGCAUGGCUCAUGCAGCGCAAAAACUUGCUGUAGCAGCAUUUUUGUGUCGAUUAGCUGCUGGUUCAAAUAAUGAUGAACAAUUUAAGAAACAACUGAAGAAUACUGUUCAUCAAGAAAAGGAAAGCGAUGAACAAAGUCUACCUGUAAUUUCUGGUGACAUCAGUGAUCCACAGGUCGAAGAACUACCGGUAAUGUUUGAACUUGUACGGGAUACGUCUUUUAUGAAUCAAUUUAAAAAUAAUUCCAACGGAGUUCAAGAACAAUUUAUUAAAAGUUUAUGUCAAGCGUUUUCUAUACCGAGUGGAAAAAUUCGUAUGAAGGAUAUUGAUUGUGACAAAGCUAUUAUAUGUAUAUUGAUUUCACCACCUUAUGGUAAAGGUGUUGUUGAUAGUCUAAUUGGUAAUAGUGAAGAUGCUGUUGCUCGAAUGGAAGCAAUAUGUAAAUGUUGUAAGGAUAUCGAUGCAAAUGUUGAAUCAAUUACACUUGGUGAUUUUGGAUUGGAAGUUGAAGGUAGACUAAUGGAUCCAAGAUGGAAUAAAAACUAUGUUUCGUCAUCUAAUGACCGUUCAGAAGGAGAGUAUUGGGUAAGUCCAAUCAAUCAAGGUGGUAAACCUUAUCAUUGCCCUUCAGGCUGGAAACGUUUUGGUAUUAAAGUAGCCACAGAUGGUGAAGAAUUUGAUGCUCAGUGGGGUACUUGGAAUAUGGCAUACCAUGGAACCCAAGGCGAACUUGCAUCAGCCAUUAUUACUUCUGGUCUUAAAGUUAGCAUGACCGGAUGUUGGCAUGACAAAGGAGUACCACGAGUGUAUGUCUCACCUAGUAUUGAAUAUUGUGCUCAUCCAAGAUAUGCCCGACCCUGGGAAAAAACAACGAAAAAUGGUGAAACAAUAUGGUAUCAAUUAGUGUUUCAAUGUCGAGUUAAUCCAACAUCGAUUGCCCUUAUCAGACCCGAAACAAUCCUAGCUACCGAACAUAAAACUGAAGUAAUAGAUAAAAAUUUUAAAAAUGGCGAGCUAGAGUGGACUAUAAUAGCCGAAAAUGAUCAGGACUUUAUUAAAGAUAAUAUUAUUUGUUAUGGCAUGAUGAUGCGUACAUCAAAGGUGAAUCCAAAAGAUCUGACACCAUCUAAAUGGUGGAAAAAAUCGCAUUCUGGUUUAUGCCCCACAUAA